AAAAUGCGUGUUUCCAGUAAAAGCAGUGUUGAACAAUUGCUGGAUGAGCUCGUGAAAGCUAAGGUGAUUGAAGAUUAUUGUGUGUCUGUGUACAAUGCACAGUCCCAGAAGCUGAAGCUGAGAGACAAAGUUGGAAAGUGUUUGAAAGAUGGACAGCGAGUAAUUGUAAACACUAUUGGUAGUCCUGCGUGCUUAAUCAAAAAUGCUGUUCAUUCUACUGAACCAACAUUUACCAUUAGAUCAACUUCACGAAGAAAGACAGUUAAAAAGCAAAAAUCUAAUAAUAAAAUUGAACAUUCUAAAACAGUUAUUAGUGAACCUAAAAUUGUAGACCACGAAACUGAAAAUGCUGGAAUUGAGGAUGAUGUUGGACAUCCAAUAAGAAAAGUGAGAAGCAGAAGAAAAAAAAAUACAGAUGGUCCAAGAUUUGAACAAAAGUCUGCUGCAGGGAUUGAUAGUCAACAAAAGUUAGCCCCUGUGUGUGAUGGGUUGUAUGACACCAAUUUACAUAAUGAUGUGGGGAGCAGUGAUGAUGAUGUUGUCAUAGUAAAAAUGACAGGAGAAAAAGACAUUUCAAAGAAAAAGUUGAUCUCUAACAUCAAAGUUUAUCUCAGAAGACAUCAACAUUUGAGUAAAAUAGAUGUAAACUAUGUGAUUGCAGAGAUGCAAAGAAUCUUUGAAAGAGACCUGUCUGACAGGUAUAAUCUCAUAGAGUCCAUUGUUCAUAAUUUACUGGAUAAUCCAACAACCUGGUUAGAGGAGGAUCAAAGAAUGACAGCAUACGCUGCAGUAGUUGGCUCCUAUCAAUUGUCAUCUGAAGAUCUGCACACACUACAUGGAAGUAAUUGGUUGAAUGAUAAUGUGAUUAAUGCUUACAAUCAAUUAUUAAUGUCUAGACAGCGUGAUGUAUUUAUCUUCCCAACCUACUUCUACACCAAACUCAAAAAGCAUGGUUAUGACUCUGUAAAAAAAUGGGUGAAAAAGGUAGCAUAUUAUUAUAUCACUGUACUGCCAAACGUAUAA